CCAACAGUAGGAAAUACACAGUUACUUCUUUGGAAAGUUUUAACCUACCGACGAUAAAAACCCGUUUAAAAAUACUUUUAAGUGGGCCUUUAUUUAUACUGUCUAUUCUACAACAGUGUAGAGUUGUACUCCAUUGCGUUGAUUCAGAUUAUUUCCGCGGCUGAGGCAGCAUGGAUCAUCUGCAUUGUUUGUUUACAUGAUGAGACAGCUAACGUUAGCCUAGCAACUUAGCCUGCUAACAUCGAGUCAUAUGAGCUGAUAAUUAUCCCUGCAGCAUUUGGACCUCAUGAAUGAAAACUCGACCAUUGGUGAAACAUAUAAGUGACAUGUGGACCAUUGACGGCUUGUGUCAGGUCGUAGUGAGCUGUAGGAAGUGUAACAAUGCGAAGCUAAGGUUGAAUGUGUUGUAACAUUAAGACGAGUUAAACUGUUUUGUCACCUAAACCUGCGUCCAGUUUGAAAGGCCUUUAUAGAGGCUUUAUGUCAACAUGCCUUGUUCCUGUGGGAACUGGAGAAGAUGGAUUAGACCGCUGGUGGUUGUGUUGUAUAUUUUGUUGUUAAUAGUCGUCCUGCCCUUGUGCAUCUGGGAACUACAAAAGUCACAGGUUGGCACUCAUAACAAAGCAUGGUUUAUUGCUGGGAUAUUUGUCUUCAUGACCAUACCUAUAUCGUUAUGGGGCAUCCUCCAGCAUCUGGUUCACUACACUCAGCCAGAGCUUCAGAAACCCAUUAUCAGGAUAUUAUGGAUGGUCCCAAUCUACAGCUUGGACAGUUGGAUUGCACUGAAAUACCCCGGUAUAGCAAUUUAUGUGGACACAUGCAGAGAGUGCUAUGAGGCCUUUGUCAUCUACAACUUCAUGACCUUCUUGCUGAACUACCUGGAAAAUCAGUACCCCAGCCUGGUGAUGAUGCUGGAGGUCCAGGAGCAGCAGAAACACUUGCCUCCUCUCUGCUGCUGCCCACCUUGGCCAAUGGGAGAGGUUUUAUUGUUAAGAUGUAAGCUGGGAGUGUUGCAGUACACAGUGGUACGACCCGUCACAACAGUGAUUGCCUUGAUCUGUCAGCUGUGUGGCGUGUACGAUGAAGGCAAUUUUAGUUCAAAAAAUGCAUGGACAUACCUGGUCAUUUUCAACAAUAUGUCACAGCUGUUUGCCAUGUACUGCUUGGUGCUGUUCUACAGGGCUCUGAGAGAGGAACUGAGUCCAAUCAAACCAGUGGGCAAAUUCCUCUGUGUCAAAAUGGUGGUGUUUGUCUCAUUCUGGCAAGCUGUGUUCAUUGCUUUACUGGUGAAAGUGGGCAUUAUCUCAGAGAAACGUACAUGGGACUGGCAAAGUGUGGAGGCUGUUGCUACUGGUUUACAGGAUUUCAUCAUAUGUGUGGAGAUGUUUCUGGCAGCCAUUGCACAUCACUUCAGCUUCACCUACAAGCCUUACAUCCAGGAGACUGAAGAGGGCUCGUGCUUUGACUCUUUCAUGGCAAUGUGGGACAUCUCUGAUGUCAGAGCAGACAUUUCUGAACAAGUCCGCAAUGUUGGGAGAACAGUCCUGGGUCGUCCGGGAAAACCCUACUUCGGCGAGGCACAGAGUGAUGGUGAGCGAUCUGGCCUUCUCUCUUCCGCCUCUCAAGAAGCCAUCGCAGAGGCAGCAUCCAACCCGGUGUCACCCAAGGGUCAAUACCAGGGCCUGGGGAGAACCCUCACUCCACACUCUUUGUCAGCCCCUGCUGGGCUCAGCUCUGCACCAUGGGGUGAAGAAUAUGAAGCUGGACCUGAAGAAACGGAGGAAGAAGAACGGACCGACCAAACCAAAGAACCGGCAGAGGCAGAGCUGAUUGCGAUCACCUAGCCUAUUAUCAAGGCUGAUGUAACCGACACUCUACCAGACAUGCUUGGGCAGGACCCAAUUACAGCCUUGCCAUUUUCCUUCAGACAUUACUUCACUAAUGCAACAUUAGAAAAAACAAAACUGUUGUUUAAAAGGGCACAUCAACCAAGUACUAGUAGACAUUUGCCAACAAAUGCAAAACCAGAUGGACCUCUCUGCCUGUGACAGCUACAAGAAUGUUCAGUGAACAUUUUGACAUUUCUGUUCUACUUGGAAGUUAUGUGGCUCAAUAGGCUAUGUAAGAAUGGUUGCUUUCCAUCAGAAUUUGGAAAGGUCACUUUUAAACAUGCGUCCAAAAGAGCACACUUUUCUCUCACCAACCCAGUCUUUGUGCUGUCGUGUUUCUUGAGAUGAGAGGCCUCCUAAAAUCUUAGUGAAGCAUGCACGUGUAUUGUUUCCAACUAGGAAAUCAUCACAACUUUUUCUGUGUCAAUUCAGUCAUAUCGUAAUCUCAGAAGUGACAGAUGAUAAAAACAAAUAUGCAACUUUUAAAAUACAAACAUUUAAUUCUUCACACCACAUAUUAGUUUUUAGUGAUUUCAGGGGAUAUGAGUACGUAUUAACGGAAAUCCGGGAUAAUAAAGCACAUUAUAUCACCAUAAAUAAUCAGAUUAUUUUUGUCUUAGCUACUAGAUGUGUAUUCCAGAGAGAGGGAAUGAAAGAAAAGUAGCAACAAGUUUCUGGGUUGCUGAAAUGAUCUUGGGAUGAUAGUCUUUUCAGAUGAUCGGUACACCUGCGUUUAACUGACUGUAUGGCAUCACUACAGUAU